AUGGGAGACAAAAAGCUUAAAGACUACAAGGGUAAGAGUGCUUUUGUUCACGACGACGAACCAGAAGUCAUCAAUCAAGAACCCAUUCAACAUCCUCCUCGGAUUCAGCACCCAAAUCUUCCACCCGGUUUCAAGCUUCAGCCAAGCGAUGAUGAGUUGGUGUCUUAUUACAUAAAGAACAAGAUUAAAGAUCCUACUCGUUUUCGACCUUCUUUUAUCCCUGACACAAAUAUUUACGAUUAUCAUCCUGAAGAGCUGUUAGAAGGAAACAAAGACAUGGAUGCUUAUUUCUUUUCAGCAAGAAAUAAAAAAUAUCAAAAUGGGACAAAAGCUGAUCGAAGUGUCAAAAAAGACCAAGGACACUGGAGAAUGGGAUCAAAAACUAAAGAGAUUCCAGGAGUUAACGGAAGGACAAUUGUUGGUUAUAAGAAUAGCCUUAGGUUCUACGUGGGUAAGAAUAAAAAAGAUGCUAUUGGAACAAAUUGGCAGAUGAAAGAAUAUGUCAUGUGUGGCGAUAAAGAAAAAGUAGGAUGCAGCAGCAACAACAUGAGGCUGGAUGAUUGGGUUAUAUGCCGGGUCCACUGGCACGAGAACGGCAAACGAACUGAAUCCACUGCUGAGGUUGAUAGUGACGGUAAUGAUGGAAAUAGUAUCAACAGUACUUGCAAUAAGAAGCGGAGGAUAGAAAAAGAAAGAAAAGGUGGCAAAGGGCAAGCUGGUAUUAAAAUUGAAGGACAAGAGAAUGUCGCAACGUCCUCAAACGUGCCUGGACCAGUUCCCCAUCGUCAGUAUAUAAAUCAGUUUAAUUAUCAUAAUCCUCAGUUUGUAGGUAACAACUUUACGCAUUCUGUGAUGCCCUCAAAUUCCAUGCUAAGUAUUCAACAUCAUCCUCAUAAUAAUUAUCAGUACCAAUUUGGUGGUUACUCGGGGAUGUUUCACCAACAGCAUCAGCAACAACAGGAUCAACAAUUUGAACAACAUCAGCAACAGCCGCAUCAACAAUUUGAACAACAGUACCAGCAAUUUGGCAUAUAG